CUUCCCCUCGCAUCCUUGGAAGCAACAAUUAAGCAGCUCUGGGAUAAAACACACAGCUUGCGGGAGCACGGGGGCAUUGCUUCAAGAGAUGGCAAGGCAGGCAGCUGCACCCCUCCUUCCCGGAGUUCUCCUCCUCUUCUCUAUCCUCCCGGCUUCUCAGCAAGGAGGGGUCCCUGGUGCUAUCCCAGGAGGGGCCAUCCCAGGAGGAGGCUUUUUCCCAGGUGCUGGGGUUGGAGGUUUGGGAGCAGGACUCGGAGCUGGCGCAAAACCUCUCAAACCAGGGGUCGGAGGCCUUGGGGGACUUGGGCCACUCGGCCUGCAACCAGGUGCUGCAGGCCUCUUCCCUGGAGGUGCUUUCCCUGGAGGAGUCUUCCCUGGUGCUGCCGCGCUCAAGGCAGCUGCAAAAGCUGGUGCUGGCAUUGGUGGCGUGGCUGGAGUUGGUGGUCUUGGUGGCCUCGGGGUCUCUACAGGUGCAGUGGUACCUGGCGGGGUGCAGCCCGGGGUUGGCGCGGUAGGGAAACCCCCCAAAGUACCAGGCGCUGGGAUUCCUGGAGCUUUCCCAGGCGGUGUGCUCCCUGGCGCAGGCAUCCGCUUCCCUGGCAUCGGGGUGCUGCCUGGAGUACCCACUGGUGCUGGAGUCAAGCCAAAAGGUCCAGGAGUAGGAGCCUUUGCAGGAAUCCCUGGACUAGGAGGUUUUGGAGGUCAGCAGCCCGGUGUCCCCCUGGGGUAUCCCAUCAAAGCUCCUAAGCUCCCAGGUGGCUAUGGAUUGCCCUACAGUACUGGCUUCGGGCCCGGUGGGAUAGGAGCUGGCAUCGGGGCAGGAGGAAAGGCAGGGUACCCCACUGGGACAGGAGUCGGAGCACAGGCAGCAGCAGCAAAAGCAGCAGCAAAAUACGGAGCUGGUGUCCUUCCCGGGGCUGGCGUCAUCCCAGGAGUCGGCGGAGUGGUACCCGGUGCUGGUGUUGUCCCAGGAGCUGGAGUUGCGGGUCCGGCAGCAGCAGCGGCAGCGGCGAAGGCAGCAGCGAAGGCAGCGGCGAAGGCAGGAGCUUUUGGUCCAGGGGUUGGUGGUGUCCCUGGCCUUGUGCCUGGCAUUGCUGGUGUCCCCGGCUUGGUGCCCGGUGUCGGAGCUGUCCCCGGGGUGGCAGGAGUUGGGGCGCCGGCAGCAGCAGCAGCAGCAGCAAAGGCAGCUAAGUACGGAGCUGGCGUCGGCGUUCCCAGCAUUGGUGGUGUUCCUGGCAUUCCUGGCAUUCCUGGCGUUCCUGGUGUCCCUGGUGUUCCUGGCGUCCCUGGCGUGCCCGGCGUGCCCGGUGUGGCUGGGCUUCCUGGUGUGGUGCCUGGUGUCGGAGUGGGUGGCCCAGAAGCUGCUGCGGCCGCAGCGAAGGCUGCAGCGAAAGCCGCGGCGUUCGGAGCAGGGCGCGUGCCCGGUGUCGGCGUGCCUGGUGUCGGCGUGCCCGGUGUCGGCGUGCCCGGUCUGGUGCCUGGUGGGGUCGGAGUCAUACCAGGAGUUGGAGGUCCAGCAGCUGCCGCUGCUGCCAAAGCAGCCGCCAAAGCAGCCAAGUUUGGAGCAGGUGGUCUGGCUCCUGGUGUGGGUGGCCUUGCUCCCGGUGUAGGUGGCCUGGCUCCCGGUGUAGGCGGCCUGGCUCCCGGUGUAGGCGGCCUGGCACCUGGAGUUGGUGGCCUGGCCCCUGGUGUUGGAGCUGUCCCAGGGGUCGGAGUUCCAGCUGCAGCAGCCAAAGCAGCAGCGAAGGCAGCCAAAUUCGGUGCCGGGGUUGGAGGGGUGCCCGGCAUUGCUGGGGUGCCAGGAGUGACACCUGGUGUUGGCGGUGUGCCCGGGCUCGUGCCAGGUGUGGGGGUACCCGGUACCGGCAUCCUCCCCGGGGCAGGCAUCCCCCAAGUAGGGGUGCAGCCUGGUGCUAAACCUCCCAAAUUCGGUGUUCCCGGGGCUGGAGUCCCAGGGGUCGGCGGUGUCCCAGGGCUCUUGUAUCCAGGAGCUGCUGGCAAACCUCCCAAGCUAGGUUUUGGUGCUGGGGCGCUGCAGCCAGGGGUUGGAGUUCCCGGCUUCGGUGUGUCACCGAUAUUUCCAGGUGGGGUUGCUGGUCAGCUGGGAUUUGGUGGGAAGCCCCCCAAGACCUACGGAGGAGCCCUCGGUGCCCUGGGCUUUAGAGGCGGCGUGGGCUGCGCACAAGGGAAGUACUGCGGGAGGAAGCGGAAGUAACCGCCCGUCGUCACCGGUGACCUCAUGAACUUUGGUGCUACUGCAUGGUCCAGAAUGUAAAUCCCGAGCAAAGCUGAGACACUCUCCCCCCUCAAAACCCCGGACCCAACGUUCCCAGGAGGGCCCCCGUGCCUCCGGCAGCGCCUGUCCCCCCCCACCCCCUCCAUCCCGGCGGGGAGCGCGGAAUAAACUGCGGCGAGCAGCCGUCUCCCUUGGUGCUAUUGCUCCCUGCGGGAUUUGGGGGGAGUCUUAGGGUGUCACCACCCCACUAGCCUCAAACCUGACCCCGGAGAGGGGAGGGCAGGAUGGGGGGCACCUCACACUGGGGGAGGGAGGGAAGUGGGUACCAGCAGCGGGGGGCUGCUCGGGGAGAGAUGUCCCUGACAGUCCUGGGUUCCCGCCGGUCCCUGCGCUCCGGGGGGACCGCGGGCAGGAGGGGCUCGGUCCCUUCAUGUUACUCACUUUGCUAUAACCGGGUGGGACGCCCUAUGCAGACGGACUCACUUCCGACAGACUAAUAAAGGACAAGUUUUUAAAUGA